ACUGUUCGACCCGAUUCGCUUAGUCCGUGCCCACUCAUAUAACAGCCCUAAUUAACACUCUCAAAUCUUCAAUCACUCGCUCGUUAUUUCAAAAUUCCGAUACAAAACAUACUCUGUAAAUUUCACGAUAUGAGCCGAUACGAUAGCCGCUCCGGCGACCCCGCUUCGUACCGUGACCGCCGAAGUGAUUCGGGAUUUGGAGGUAUUAGUACGUCUGCCAGCAAGAGGGUUGACUAUGACGGCGUGGAGUCUCCGCGGAAGUUGGAUUUGGAUGGUUUGACUCCGUUUGAGAAAAACUUUUAUGUCGAGUCUUCGGCGGUUGCUGCUAUGUCGGAAAGUGAUGUAGAUGAGUAUAGGCUUAUGAGGGAAAUCACGGUUGAAGGUCAGGAUGUGCCGAAGCCUGUUAAAUCUUUCCGAGAUGUUCGCUUUCCAGAUUAUGUGAUGCAAGAAAUUGAAAAGGCUGGCUUUUCUGAGCCUACAGCUAUUCAAGCUCAAGGAUGGCCAAUGGCUUUAAAGGGUCGCGAUCUCAUUGGUAUUGCUGAAACAGGAUCGGGCAAGACACUAGCUUAUCUACUGCCUGCAAUUGUCCAUGUUAAUGCUCAACCAUUUUUAGCUCCUGGAGAUGGUCCAAUUGUUUUGGUUUUGGCACCGACUCGUGAACUGGCUGUUCAGAUACAGCAAGAAGCUACUAAAUUUGGUGCAUCAUCGAAGAUUAAAAAUACUUGCAUAUAUGGUGGGGUCCCGAAAGGACCUCAAGUUCGUGAUCUUCAGAAAGGUGUUGAAAUCGUUAUUGCAACACCAGGACGAUUGAUUGAUAUGUUGGAAACUCAUCAUACAAAUUUGCGGAGGGUCACAUACCUUGUGUUGGAUGAGGCUGAUCGGAUGCUGGAUAUGGGAUUUGAACCUCAGAUCCGAAAAAUUGUUUCACAGAUCCGCCCAGAUCGUCAAACCCUGUACUGGAGUGCUACAUGGCCUAAGGAGGUUGAACAGCUGGCACGAAAAUUUCUUUACAAUCCAUACAAAGUGGUUAUUGGGUCACCGGAUUUGAAGGCUAACCAUGCAAUUCAUCAGCAUGUGGACAUUGUUUCUGAGAGUCAGAAAUACAAUAAAUUAGUGAAGUUGCUGGAGGAUAUAAUGGAUGGUAGUCGGAUUUUGAUAUUCAUGGACACUAAGAAAGGGUGCGACCAAAUUACUCGGCAGCUUCGGAUGGAUGGUUGGCCUGCUCUGUCUAUUCACGGAGAUAAAAGUCAGGCGGAAAGAGACUGGGUCUUGUCAGAAUUUAAAGCUGGCAAGAGCCCUAUAAUGACUGCCACAGAUGUUGCUGCUCGUGGUUUAGAUGUGAAGGAUGUUAAGUAUGUAAUCAACUAUGAUUUUCCUGGAUCUCUCGAGGAUUAUGUUCAUCGGAUUGGUCGUACAGGAAGAGCAGGGGCAAAAGGAACAGCAUAUAGUUUCUUUACAGCUGCAAAUGCCAGAUUCGCUAAGGAACUUAUUACAAUUCUCGAGGAGGCUGGGCAGAAGGUCAGUAGUGAGUUGGCAGCAAUGGGCCGUGGUGCACCUCCUCCCCUAGCAGGUGGGGGAUUUCGUGAUCGUGGCCGUGGCUAUGGUGGCGCUCGCCCAUGGCAUAAAUAAUAAUUAUAACUGACUUGCCCUGGAGAUCGGAGCCUAUAUGGAGUAAUUCUUGUAUUUCCUUGUAAAUUAGCAAGUCAACAUGAGUAGUGGUGGACACAUUCUGAAUUUUAGGGCUUCUUAUGAUCCAAAGGAUUUGAUUUUGAUAA